AUGGAAACCCUGCGGAGAGCCCACGAGGCCGCGCUGCGGCUGCUGCUGUGCGGGCCCUGGGCCUCGGGCGCCGCCUCCCGCCCGAAGCCCCGAGCCUCGGAGGUGCUGACGCGGCACCUGCUGCAGCGGCGCCUGCCGCACUGGACCUCCUUCUGCGUGCCCUACAGCGCGGUCCACAACGACCAGUUCGGCCUGUCGCACUUCAACUGGCCGGUGCCGGGCGCCAACUACCACGUCCUGCGCACCGGCUGCUUCCCCUUCAUCAAGUACCACUGCUCCAAGGCGCCCUGGCAGGACCUGGCCCCGCAGGACCGCUUCUUCACGGCGCUCAAGGUCAUCAACCUGGGUGUUCCAACCUUAUUAUAUGGACUUGGCUCCUGGUUAUUUGCCAGAGUCACAGAGACUGUUCAUACCAGUUACGGACCAAUAACGAUCUAUUUUCUAAAUAAAGAAGACGAAGGUGCCAUGUAUUGAAAGUGUGCACUGGAAAACACAAAUGUCAAUUAAUUUGUUCUCCUGUAUAUGUGUGUGUGUGCGUGCGCGUGCGCGUGCAAUAUUUAUUUUUGAUCCUUUAAAAUAAAUGCUGGCAAACAACUUUGUCUAGUGUAA